AUGUCUGCGCAGGGACUGCCAGCGCAUAUUUUGGCACUCUUCACUCCCAGGCCCCCACCGCAGCAUCUACCUCCAUGCGUCGUGAAGCCUUCCAUCAAGAUCUCUGGCUGUGCAGAGUAUGUUGAGUUCUUCUCCACGGAUCCACCGCCGCCCAGGGAACCUUGGGAGUCUCCUUUGGAGCGCAAGGCAAGAAGACAUCGAGAGAAGGUUCAGGCUCACAAAGCAGCGCAGAAGAAGAUCAUCGACAACUACGAUCCUCAUAAGGACCCUAACGCCAGCGGUGAUCCCUUCAAGACGCUUUUUGUUGGCCGCAUCAGCUAUGACACAACAGAAAAGAAACUAAAGCGAGAGUUCGAAGUCUUUGGCAGUAUCAAGAAGGUUCGCAUGGUCUACGAUCAGAAGGGCAAGCCAAGAGGAUAUGCCUUCAUCGAGUUCGAGCAUGAACGUGACCUGAAGAACGCCUACAAGCAGGGAGAUGGCAAGAAGAUUGAUGGUCGCCGCGUCAUGGUUGAUGUGGAGCGCGGUCGCACGGUGGAGGGCUGGCUUCCUCGCCGGCUUGGUGGUGGACGUGGACCCGGGCGCCAAGGCAAGCCGUCAAAGAAGAAGCAGAGGCGGCUUGCCGAGACGACCGAAAAGCUGAAGGAAAAGGAGAAGGAAGAAAAGGCUGAUAAGAAGAAGGACAAGGAGAAGGCAAGGUUACUCUAG